AUGGCUCAUCCGCGACAGUCUGCCUUGGAAGACUUCCGUUGGCAUCCGAGACCGGUAGACGAUGCCAUCAACGGUGUUCGUAUACCUGACUUCCUUGGACUGGAACUUGUUCAGCUCUGUGUCAUUGCGGGUAUUCGUCGAAAUGCCGGCUUUGGCCAUGAGCUUCGAGGUCUUACGCCUCGCUUCACUCGCGCACUCAACGCUCAAGCUAUCAUGUAUAGCAGAGAUAUCCCUGACAUGCACGACCCAGAAGAUUUCCCGUACUGCAUAUGGUAUCCUUCAGUGCCCGAUCGCGAUACCUGCCGGAAGCUGGUCACACGGUAUCCGCGGAUGAAGUACCAGGUUGGCCGUGUCUGUGCCGUGGCGAACUACGAAGAUCUCUACAAGGAACUUGAUAUUCUGCCCGAAGUAGGCAUUGCUGAGGAAGCCCGUGAGAACGGAAGUGAGGCUAUCUAUUCAGCGAUUGUCAAACAGCCUGUCAAGUACGCUGUGUUCAACGACUACUCAAAUUCUCUCGUCGUGGAAAACCCACCAAUUUCUCCGAUGAACGGCGACACUUGCGUGACUGCACUCCUGGAGAUGAAGCAAUCAUUUGAGCGACCAAGACCAAAGGAACAGUAUGCUCCGAAGGCCCACCGCAACGGGUUUGAGAGCCGGAUGUUUGACCUCUGCGAGGAUAUGUCAGUGGACUUCAAAGAAAGCGAGCGUCGCUCAAUCGAUCAAUCGGUGGUCCUGCCACUACUCUAUUCCCCUCUUCCAGCGGAUCUUCCCACAGUCGACAAAGACAUGCUCAUCCUUUCAGCGGCGUAUCACGGCGACAUUGAUCGAUACGUGCGCCUGCGACGUCCAAAAAAGAUACAAGGCGAGCUUGCGUGCUUGAUCCGAGGCAUCUACCAUGAUCCAUUGUUUGCCAAGUUCUGGUCGCUCCAGCCAUUGGCCGAGUUCUGGUCCUCUCAGUCAUCUACCAGAUCCGAUGACUGGCGCAUACGACGGGCAAUCAAUGCCCGUUUCAUCAUGAGUAAUGAUUUAUCACGAAUCGCGCCCACAACUAGCGUCUCCGAGUUGCCCUAUUGUAUAUGGUUCCCACAACCCGCUUAUUGGACUGUCUAUGAACACCUAGCGCGAUUGCGGCCUGAUAUGAAGUUGCAGGCGGCGCGGGCAUGUAUAGUCGCCGACUACCAGAGAAGCUUCGAGAUAAUCGAUCCACCACACGAUUCCGCCCUUGUAAAAGAAGCUCAAGUAUCUCUCAACCCAUUCUAUCUGAAAUAUCUCCAAGCCAAAGAAGUACAAGGCGAUACGACAAGGAAAGAUUAUGACGUUGAAUGGUGGAAGUACUACACCACCAAGCACGCACUCAUGCCAUCACCUUCUAGUGUCUACGGUAAGCUCAAUGCAUCUAGCAUUGGAACCACGCAAACUUGGAUAUACGACGGUGUCGAAGCGGACAUGUCGGAUGUGGAGGUUCAGAUUUGUACGCCUGAAGAAGUCAAGCAGAGCGGUAUCAGAGAAGUGAGCGACAGGUAUCCAUCUAUAGAAUGA